GUCUGAGUCUGUGUGGCAGUUAGAUCCUGACCUGCCUGGCAGACAUGGAGUAAUGGGAACAUCCCCUGUGCAUGUUGGAGCAGGCGUCACCUGUUUCAGAAGGGAUGAAGAGGAGGGGAGCUGGGGCAAGAAAACCAUGAGGGGUUAGGGAGAAACUUGGGUAGCUCUUGGCCCUUGAGGGUGUGAGAAGCAGAGCCAGUGCUGGAGGAAAUUCAUCAUUUCCCUCAUCCUUGUACUCAUAUGUGAGGAGGGAGGCAAGCACUCAUGGGUCUGUGGGCUCAGUAUGGGUGUUUUGCUGCCAUCUGUCCCAUGCAAAAUUGCUGAGGCUGUGAACAGAGCUCAGGAGGCCCUGGGGAAGUGCCUGCAGGCCACUCUUGUCCACUGCUCCAGUGGGAUGGCUGUCAACUGUGACACAGGGCUCCCCUUCUAGCCCACCUCCCCACAGGCGAGUAGAGCUGGGGAAACACUCGCUUCCUCUCCUGGUGUUCCCCUGCGUCUCCCUGGCUUUCCCAGCGCCAAUGCCUGAAGAUGGCUGGAGAGGUCAUAUGCCUGUGGGGCAUCCCUGUGGGGGCUGGGACAUUGAGGGACCCGCAGGCCCUGCGUCAGCAGUGCUGCGAGCUUCAAAACCCGGCGCCGAGGAGGCUGGGGAGGAAGUGGGCGCUCGAGCUCAGCACCAUGUCGGAGCUGCAGCAGCUGCAGCAGUGUGACAUCCCCGCAGCCAGGCAGGUCCUGCGCGACAACCACUGCAAUCUCCACCAGGUCGCUGACUACUGCGAGAGCAACUAUGUGCAGGCGAGUGAUAAGCAGAAGGCGCUGGAGGAGACAAUGGCAUUUAGCACCCAGUCCCUGGCCAGUGUAGCGUACCAGGUCAGCAGCCUGGCCACCACUUUGCUUCAGCUGCUAGACCUGCAGGUGGCCGAGCUGCGGAAGGUGGAGGCCAACAUCAGCUGCGUGGCUCAGAGGAUUGACAUGCACAAGGAGAAAGUUUCUCGACGGGAGAUUGGGUCAUUGACCAUCAGCAAGAGGUUUCCAGCCCACGAGAAGAUCAUGUCACCUCCCAGCCCACCCUGCCUGGAGCCCUACUACAGGAAACCCCUCAACUUUAGCAUCCUGGAUGACAUUGGUCAUGGCAUAAAGGACCACAGCACCCAGCUCUCCCGCACAGGCACCCUGGCUCGGAAAGGGAUUAAGUCAGCCACACAGUCUGCAGGCACCCUGGGGAGGAGCACCCGUGUCCCUGAGCCCAUACAGCCACCUGUGGUUCCUCUGGGAAAGCUCUCCACAGCCUCGUCCACCUCCUCUCUGACAUCAGUCAGCUCAACUGGAGCCCUGGGAGACACUGGUGAAGGCAUCCCUGCAGCACCAGCGCUCCUGUCCCUCCCAGGGCCACCUCCCCUGGCUGCAGCCACUGUUCUGCCACCUUCACCUCUCCCCACAGACCUUCCCCCCCCACCGCUGGGGGACCUGGCCUUACCUCCACUGGACAUCAUCCCCCCAGUUUCUGAUGACCUCGAGUCACCGCUGCUGCCACCACCGGCUUUGCCUGACUUUGAAGAUUUCACCCCACCACUGCCACCAGAUGUGGAGGAGCCCCCCUGGGUCCCAGCAAGCUACCUGGAGAAAGUGGUCACCCUCUAUCCCUAUGCACAGCAGAAGGACAACGAGCUCUCCUUCCAGCCCGGGGCCCUCAUCUACGUCACACGGAGGUACUCGGAUGGAUGGUGUGAGGGCGUCAUGGGCGAGGAAGUAGGUUUUUUCCCUGGCAAUUAUGUGGAGCCCUUCUGAGUGCCAGGGGUAGGCACCCUCUGCACCCCCAACCCCUGAUCACCCACCUGGCUCAGCUGCAUCCACUCAUGCUCAGGCUGCAGGAGGUAUGGAGGGCUCUGCUAUGCACUGAAUUUUGGCUUUGCACAGAUGGUGUUCUGCACAGCUCAAAGCUUUUGCUGCAGCAUGGUGAGGGCAGCCAUGCUGGGGCUCCAUCUCAGAUGCUGCGACCCUCACUGCUGCACCCUGGCAGCCUCCAGCACCAAGCACAUCCCCACUGCCUGCUCCCUGCACCUCUCUCACCCAUGUUUUAUUUUUUAUUUACACCAGAAAUCACUGCUGAUAAUGUGGUAAAGGUUCAGCACUAGGGCAACUCAGCUCUCCCUUAUGCUGCCUGAAACGUGGAGGGCAGCAAGCCUGAAAUCCCUUGGACUAGCCCUGGUGAUGCUCUCUGGGAGGCCCCAGGGUAUAGCAGAACCAAAGCUCAGAAAUCAUGAAUGAUCAUGGGUGCAAGGAGGACAGAAGCACUCUAGCAGUAACCCCAAAGAAAAUGCUUGUUGUGCCCAGCUGCUUGAGUAAUGGGGAGAGGGUGGGUGGGGUGGGGGGAGAAGCCGAGCCAAAAGACGCUGCAGAACACUAUUUGUAUAAUUGUAACCCAGCCCCAUUCCCUGUGCCCUCCCCUCCCCCCCCCCCCCCCCCAUCUGCCUCCUUCAGCAGUCCAAGGAAGAGAAAUGCCAUGUACAUGCACCUCACAGCCAUUUCAGCCAUUUCACACCCAGGUUUAUGUUCUGGAUAAAAAUAAACUGUGUAUCUGUAAUAUAUAGAUAUAUA